CACAAACAGAGAAGUAAAAAGAUACACCUUCGCAUGCAGGUCUGUUCGUCUGUAAAACACCACACAAACAGCUUAGAAGUGCUCAGACAGUGAAGUGGAUGUUGUGAUUGAAGUACCUCGAAAACAGAUAGAAGUAUCAAUAUUCUUGACGGGAUAAAAUGAUAAAUUGACAGCUAGAGAACGAUUCUGAAACUUGCUUUAAGUGUUGAAAAUAUUUUCAGGUUGUUCAUUAUUAUCCAUUGCUCAUGUUGUCCAUCUUUUCGUCAACGCAAUAACAAUCUGGAACUUGUAUACAUUGGAUAGAAUACAGUGAACACUUUGUAUCAAGCAACGAGUCUGUUUGGCUAUUAACUUCGGAACCGUUGAUGUCGUCAGUAGCCAUGUCCUUCGAGUGGCAUCCGAUCACUGCUCAACCCAGAAGAAGCCAAGAGCAGGUUGAUAUGUCACAAACAUCUAUAGAUCGGCAAACCAAUGAGACCCCUCUCUACCCGUGGACAUAUCCUAAUGGCAAGCGAAGACUGUGGUCUACUGGGCUCUUCAGUUGCACUAAAGAUACGAACACAUGUUUGAUGGGGACGUUUGUACCCUGUCACAUGUGUUUCAUAGCCUCAUCGAUGGGGGAGAGUCUGCUAGCAGGGGCAUGUGUUCCUUUCUCAAACCUGAUCCUCAGGACACUACUCAGGGGGCGACACAACAUCGAGGGUUCUGUAAUGAAUGACUGCGUGGUGACCACACUGUGUCCCUGCUGCGCUCAGUGUCAGCUGGCUAGAGAAAUCAAGAUGAUACAGGACGGUGAUGCGUUACCAUAGCAACGGCACAUCUUCACCGAUGAAUGACGUGCAUAUAGGAGGAGUCUCCUAUAGCUCAGUGACCAAAGACAUGUUCAAAGCUGUAUUAUUCUAUUAUUGUUUAUAUCUGACACCACUUGUACUCUCCUGAUACAGAGGAGUGGGAAUCUUCUAUUCAGGACGGAUUACUUCCUUUGGGGUUAAAUCCACUCCAAAUUAUGCCG